GAAGAAGAUCAACCAAUAAACGAAGUUGACGGUCCCGAAGGAGCACAACCAAUGAAUGAAGAUGACGUUACCAAAGAAGACCAACCAAACGCAUCCGAGGCAGAUGGUACAAAUGGACAGAAGGCUAAACUAGAUGAUCAAGAAAAUCCCAAUGGAUGUUGGAUAUCAUUAAAUGAACAAAGUCAUUUUGCGAAAAUGAGUCAACUGGAGAAAAAGUACAAGGACGCCAGGGAAGCAUACGCUAAGGCUAUAGACACGCAAAAAUUCGAUGAGAGAAUGCUGGAGGCAUUGGCGCAAAGGAGAGGUGUAGCAGAGCGAGCUCUGCAGAAGUUCGAGGGGAACCCCAACGUGAUCCCCGCCGGCCUCAACCUCGGCACCUACUGCAUGAUGAGGAUGCCCGCCUCCGUGCUUUUCUUCUACCGCCUGAAGCUCCGGAACAACACGCAGUUCACUGUCAAUUUCAUUCACAACGACGUGGAACAACUUACGUUGUCGAUGCGUCUGUCCCUCAACGACCUACACCUGGUCGGAGAAUAUGAGCGCGCGCUCACAUCUAAGAUAGACCCAUCGCAGUUAUACUACAGGCCGAGUAAAGGAGAAGUCGAGUUCUUACUGAAAGACGUGAAAUACAAGGUGGAGGGACGAUACCGUCUUCUCAAUGGCAGGCUUCACAUCGAGCACAUUAUAUCGGAGAUACCGCCUAUGCAGAUACUUAUGCGUUAUUCAUUAGACAGCGAUGGGAAGAGUGUUCCGGUGGAUCCUAAUAACUUAAAGGAUUACCUGAACAGAAUGCAGACCGACCUCGACCGCUGGCUAAAAGACUACUUUAACGACUUUCUCAUGCUGUAUGAAGUUGAGGAGGUCCAGAAACACAAGCAAAUACAGGAAUAUGAAAACGAAAGGACUAUCCUACUAAAUCAAUUCGCGGACCAAGUUAUGGGUGUGCUGAAUGGACGUUUGAGAGAAAAGGGACCAAGCCUCAUCAUGCCAGACUUUUCGCUGAACACUCCCAAUGGAAUGCAAAUAAAGCUGUACGAUGGUACCGUUCGAGGUCUGGACACCAUGUACCGGCGCUCCGUCACCACCGGCAAACAUGCCGGCGAAGUGCGCCACGUCAACACCGACAUUGGUUUCAGCGGACUAAAGACGGAGUAUAGAUACGAGACGUACAUGACGACCGGCAUGCCGCCGGUGUCUGGGGUGUUCGUGCUCAACUCGGAAGACAUCAGCGCACACAUGGCUCUCCAGCUCGUGGGAUACAAGCCUUCUGUCCCGGACCUACUUUUCACUAUCUUGGGACAUGGGAAACCAUCGCUGACGGUUGAAGGGCCCGCCAAUAGAAUAAUCGCAAACUUCAAUCACCUUUUAGAACAUCACGUCAUUUCAAUUAUGAGCACCACGCUGAUACACCACAUACGUUCUUUGAGUGCUUUGACAAAGUGUGAUCCGGAACUUCCUGUAAAAGACUAUGAAGAGGGUAGAGAAAAAUAUGUAACUGAAAAAACAAAUACUGAGGAUUCUGGACAGUCUGAUAUAUCUACGCCUUCUAAUAAUGAUGAUACAGAAAUGCCAGAUAAUAACGAUAAUGAUGAACCAUCUCCCGAUAAUAACGAUGAACCUACUGAACAGCCAGAUACCGAAGACGACCAACAAACCGAACCGCCAGAUAAUAACGAUGAACCUACUGAACAGCCAGAUAACGAAGACGACCAACAAACCGAACCGCCAGAUAAUAACGAUGAACCUACUGAACAGCCAGAUAACGAAGACGACCAACAAACUGAACCACCAGAGAAUGAUGAUGUUGAUGAACCAACUGAACCGGCGUAUCCUAACGACGAUGAUAGCAAGAAACCAGAGUAUGCUUUUGUUAGAAAAGAAAGCGUAGAAUUAGAACUACCCCCAAAAGAUGGUUCAGAAAAAGGAGAAUCAUAUAAAAUAGAUCAUAAUGAAACAUUUAGUCUGACAAAAUUAAAUAAUGAAAAUGACGGUGAUAGAAAAGUAUUGGCUGCUGAUGACGCUGAAACACCAAAUAAAAACUAUCGUGGUCAGAUAGUAAAGCUUAAGACGAGCGACGGCGAGUCAGACUGAUCUGACAAAAUAUUCCUAAACUUAAUGUAACUAGUAUGUAUAUACUAGUGUGACUAAUUAUUUUUUAAAUAUAAAUAACAUUUACGAUUUA